AUGACGGUUUACAUCUCAUCUCUGACGGAUUACCUCGAUCUUCUCAUGGCGAUGCAACAGGACCUGGACUGUGGUUCCACCAUAUGGGACUGCUCAUAUGUGCUGAGUGGUGUAUGUCCAUGGGAUAAGUGUAACCAUAAGGGCGAAUGGUUGAUGAGAGAUGAAUUGCACAUGGUUUUGGUGCAGCUGUCGUUGGCGUACAAUGCGAGGGCCGUUGAGGUUGUUGAGUGGCAGCACAGUGUGAAGCUUUACAAGAAGAGCCUGUCGUACCUUCAAUUUGCCAUGAAGCAUAGCUACACGGGCUCCGUGGAAGAGUGCUCUGACUCAAUGAAACGGUUCUAUUUCGGCGUCACGAUGAGUGGGUUACAACUGGGUGUCAUUUGCACCAAGUUGAAAGAGUUACAGUCGAACGAUUAUGAGCUGGAUUCGAGGUUCAACGUUGCUACUCUCUCGCGUGUGUGUAUAUGGAUCAAGGACGAGCUCAAUAGGCCUUACAACCUUGUCCAUAAGUCUUGGAAUGACUAUUUGCUCCCCAUCAAGAGGUUUGUCCAAGGCUUAACGUAUACAUUGUUGAGUUGUGACAGCUAUAACCAAUCCAAGAUGGGUGAAAGCUUGGGAUGGUUAUCACUUGGUUUGCUGGCCAUACAAUCCAGUGGUGAGCCAGGAGAUGACCAGAGGAACAAGAUCAAGUCCAAACUCCAUACUCUGAAGAGGAAGGUUAAAAAGAACGUUAAACUGGACCAGGACCUUCUACAUGGAUUACCAAGGACGCUGCAACCGUAUCUACAACUGCUUUUCGAGAUGUGCCAGGUGUUAGAGGUUAAAUAUUCCAAACUGAACGAUCAAUUCACGUUCGACACAAUCGUGAAGAGGGAGACUCUAAUGAAUCAAUUACCCCUGGGGAGAUCAAUCCCUAUGGACAUUCCGGAUCCAUUCACCAAAGAUUCAGCAUCAAUUUCAACUUCAGGUUACUAUUAG